CCUCUGCUUCAUAUACACGCCACAUCCGAGACCCAGCUAGAAUCACAGAAUCACAGAAUCAGCCGAGACCCAGCCUCCCAGCUAGAUUUUCGAUGGCCGCCACAUCCGACUCCGGCUCCGACCAUGACUCGCCCAACCAAGAGCCCGAGUUCCACAUACACGCCAUGGACGAGGCCACCAGCCAUCGUCGUCCACCUCGAGCCGUCCCUCCCAUACGCCAGCAGAUGCCACCGCCGGCCGCGUUCGCGUUAAUCCAUCCUAGCCGUCCUGCGACGACGACCAUGGCGGACGCCGUGGAUUCCGACUCCGGCUCCGACCAAGACUGCCCGGAUCAGGAGCCCGAGUUCGUCCUUCACGUGGUGGAUGACCACCCCCGACCACCGCCCCGCCGUCCGAUCCAAUACCUGCAACCGCCGCCGCCGCCGCAACCUCAGUUUGUCAACAACGAUCGCCUAUGGAUAAAGCAUAUGAUCCUCUUCCUGUUAAGGAUGGUUCACUUCGUCGGGAUGAUGGUCCUCACCGUCACGACAGUUGCGUUGGCAGCGCAACUACCCAAGGAGUUCACCGAAAGCUACGCUGGCCAAUACCGAAUCUGGGCCCCCGUGGUAAUGGGCAUCAACAUCUCCUCGUGGUUUUUUGUCGGCCUGCUCAACAACGAUCACGCAUGUAACUGGUGUUUGAACCCUACAUGACGACAUCAAGCACUUCUUUUUCUUUAUUUCUUUUUUCUCGAAAAAAAAAACAUUCUUCGGCCUCUGUAUAAAUCGAUGCACACAUCCAUAAUAUUAUCGAAGUCACAAAUA